AGACCAGGGGGCAGUGGCAGGGCAGCGGUCAGUGGGAGCGAGGGGUCACUCUUGGCCGGUGGGUGCUGGAAUGGAUCCUCGGGCACUGGGAAAGCAGUGAGGCAGAGGAGGAGAGGGAGCUGAAGGGCACUGGGAGGCACUGGGGGGUUGGUGGGGACGCCAGGGACACUGGGGACUGACCAGGGCAGGCAGCCACGGCUCGGGUGUGCCAGCAGCAGGGAGAAGGUGCCCGCAGGAGCACAGAGGCACUGCAGGCCAGGCUGUUUUCCCUGUGUUACCCCCCUGCUGUCCCUGUCCCCACACUGUGCCUGGCUCCCCAGGACCCCUGGGGCAUGGGGGUGCUUUGGGGGUGCCCUGAGCCUUGGGGUCCAUCCCAGCUCUCCCUGUCCUUGCCGUGUCCCCAGGUGGGUGACGUGGAGCCGGAGCUGAGCGCUGCUGAUGGCUGGAUCGGGGUGGUGCCCGUGGGCACUGAGGAGCCGGCCGAGGGCCCCCGGGGUGCCAAGGAGGAGUCCUUCACCACCGCCGUUGUCACCAAGAUGAAGCGAGCCCUGGUGCUGGGAGCCUCUGCCCUGCUGAUCCUGGCGCUGAACCAGAACACCAUCCGUGAGCUGGACGUGUCCCAGCUGCUGGCCAAGCCCGUCAUCGUCAUCCAAUCCUCCGACAACGUCACCAGGCUGCUGGGAGCGCUGCUGCGUGGGCUCCGGGCCACGGCCAAGAUCACGUACCAGGCAGUGCUGCUGGAGAACCUGGGAGUCACCCUCACACUCUGGUCCACCUGUGGCCUGUCCCGAGGGGGCCUCUAUGGAGAGUGGCAGGGGGUGAUCUGCCCUGGGGAGAGCAGCUCGCAGGUCCAGUACCUGCAGCAGCUGUGGAACACCAUCCUGCUGAUCGCCCUGCUGCUCUGCACCGGCGUCAUGGUGCAGGCCCAGCGGCAGUCGCGGCAGGAGCUGUCGGAGCGGGAUGCCGAGCUGGACCUGAAGCAGCACAUCCGGCGGCGGCUGCUGGCGCUGAAAACGCGGCGCUACCACCCUGGGAAGCCGCCCCGGAGCCGCGCCUGUGAGAUCGACAGCUGUGCCGUGUGCCUGGACCAGUUCCACAAGAGCCAGUGGCUGCGGGUGCUGCCCUGCUCCCACGAGUUCCACCGGGACUGUGUGGAUCCCUGGCUCCUGCUGCAGCAGACCUGCCCUCUCUGCAAGCGCAACAUCCUGGGGAACUGCUGCACGGACAGCUAGCUGGCCCGAGGACACACUCCAGGGACAGACCCACGGCUGCUGCAGGGACAGGGAGGGGGCAGGGGGUGCCCAGUGAGAGGCACUUGCUGCCACAGCAGGGUUGGUGUGGCUGUGCCCAUCACAGUGCCCAGACUUCGGAGAGGGAAGGACUUUGGGCUCUCCUGCUGGGUGUGAGUAGAGGGGUGGGGGGUCCAGAUGGGCAGUGUUGGGGAGGGAAGAUUUGGGGCACCCAUGGGUGUAAUGGGGUGGGAGCUGGGGCAGGGAGAGCCCUGCUCCUGCUGUGCUCUUGCCCUGCUCACAGCAUUUUUUCUAAGUCUUGGGUUUUUGUCUAUUUGCUGGUGGCCGUGGCAGGGUAGGCAGAGCCUGGCUGCAGUGCCAGCCCCUCUGGGAGGUGGGUGACAGCUCUGCCAGGGCUGGCAGGGCUGUGGGUGACUCACGGCCUCACCGUGGGAGGGCAGGGGUUGGAUGCUUUAUUUAUAAUAAUAACUUAUUAGAAAGGAUGGCACGAGCCAGCUGCAGAGCCAGCACGGUCACUGGGGACACAGCACGGGCCCUGCCUGGGUCCUGCCCCAUGGCUGCAACGUGGCACGUGUCCAUCCCUAUUAAACAUGGAGCAAGGGC